AUGUCGUCCGGCACGAUUGCGACACAGUAUGUCUUCGGCGCUGCGCGAGUCAAUGCAAGGCAGACAGGAACUGGUAUUUCAACCAGUCUCUUCAUGUUCAUUCUGAGGAUCUGAGUUGUGAACUUGGAGUCAUGUUCUUAUGAAGCCGCGCUAGCCGCACUUUUGAUAAAUGGAUCCAUCCAUUGUUGUAUUCACGAUCACGACUACAAGGUUCCUGUACAUCAAGCACCACUGCUAGCAGUGCCACUCGGACAGCCGAGCUCUUGCAACAAGAGUGCACUAACGCGAAAAGCAAAUGCGCUGACCUUGAGGCCGAAGUGGAGCGGCUUCGCCUGGAAAGCGCAACAGUGAAAGAGCGGCUUGCCAAUGCUGAAAAGGCACAGGAUGCCGCAAUCAAAGACCGGGAUGCCGCCAUUGAGGAGCGGAAGGCCCUGCGUGCGGAAAUGGCCGCCUGCGAAUCCGCGCGACAAAAGCUGGCUAGGCGAGUGGAGGAGCUCGAUCGGGAAAAGGAUAAGCUAGAAAGACGGCGGGAUCGCUAUCGCGAAAAGUACCGGACGGAAAAAGCGGAGGCAGAUAAGUACCACGACGCCUACUGGAAGCAAAAAGAAAAAGCGAAUAAGUACUACGACGCCGCCAGAAAACUACAUCGGGAUCUGUAUUUUCUUGCUCGUAAUCUGAGCCUGAGGCAGAUACAGAUAUUAAGUGUCGUUUCAAGGGCUUUUAAGGAAUUAUGAAUCAGCGCCAGCUGCAAAAAAUUAUAAACGAUAUUUGCACUUCGGUUGAAUCUGACUAUCGUAUCCGAUGCCAGGUACAAAAGCGGCAAAUCUGCGAACAAGACGAAGCACGCGCAUGGUAGUGUUAGCUCCCCCUCAGAGUCGUCGAGCAGCUCAAAUUCCAGCUACAGUACUUCCCAAAAGAACAAGAACGAAAAGCUGAAGAAGUCCUCCUGCAGUGACGGUCCUUCCUCUUCCGUCCAAAAGAAGCAACACGACCAGAAUGGAGAUGAGAUUAUAAGGAAGACACAGAUGUUGAAUACCUCUUCCUCGUUGUUGUCAUGUCGUGACAAGAACGCAACACGAUCGCCAGCUGAAAAGUCAUCCGGCACAAAAGCACCUGCUGGAGCUACGCUUGUGACUCCAGAAACUACCGCCGCCUGCAGCAGCACAUCGUGUUCUCCUGACGACGCUGAAAAGAAAGGACACGAGUAUCAUCACUCCAAGGCGAGUCCUGGCCGCAUGGGCUCCAGCACCAACGAUGACUCUUGGUCUUGGUGGGAGAGCGAUUACAACUACGGCCGAUGGAGCUCACGUUCUUACGAACACAAUAGAACUGCCAAGUAAAGCCACUUGAAUAUCACGUCAAUUUUCAAGACCAUUAGCGCACGAGACGAGUCCCUUUCAUUCCAAAUAGCGCAAGCAAAUCAAACUUUUUGACACAAUUCUUUUUCGGUUCUAGCGCUUCCUUAAAGAACUCAUUCUUCUACUGUUUAUGACGCUGAUUCUUACCUCCAUCGAUAUCGAAAAAGAGCAACAACGAU